ACUUUCAUUCAUAUGUAAUUUCAAAAGAUGAAGAGUCACUACACAAACACCAUUUAUGCUGUUUAUGUCUUAUUUUGUCUCUUGAUCACAUCUGCCUCUGCACAAUCCCUCAUACGAGAAUACACUGAUGACCUAAAGACAACUCCACAGCAGGAGAAUGGAGCAAAAGCAGACACAAACCUGGGAGAAGCGCAUUACUUAGAUAAAGAUGACGACCUAGAGAUUUCCUCACGUGAUUAUAAAGUUCCACUUUCAAACCAAGUGACGGGUAUGAGAGAUCGUCCUCCAAUGUCUUACUCUCUCAAAAUUGAGGCUUUUAACACGAUCCUUCAGUCGCAAGAAAGAGACAGAUACAGAUCUGGUCCUUUUUCGGUUGGUGGAUACAACUGGUCACUUAUUGUGUUCCCCAACGGGAACAGGCAUGAUGGUGGUUCAGGGUUUAUUUCUCUUUAUGUAGCCAUAGACAACUCGACUCUAGUCUUUUCACAUCAAGAGGUUAUCGCGGAUCUCAGGGUUUACGUAUUUAGUAGAAGCACGAGGCAGUACUUCACCAUGCAAGCUGCACAUGUAUGGCGAUACAAUGUUUUCAAAACGAUGUGGGGAUUCCCUCGGGUCAUGUCUCUUGCUGCUUUCAGAGACCCGAGAAACGGAUACCUCUUCAAUGGAGAUCACUGCGAGUUUGGUGUUGAUGUGACUUUUCCUACUACCUUUCAAAGAUCAGAACUUUUUACCGUCGCUAGGAAUUUUCCUAACCCCAGGUUCACCUGGACUAUUCAGAGGUUCUCCACGCUGCUCGGAGAUACUUAUUUAUCUGAUGCGUUCUCCAUCGGAGGAAGAAAUUGGAAUAUACAAUUGUAUCCAACUGGCUUUUCAACGGGGGAGGGAAGAUUCUUGUCCAUGUAUAUUGUCCUUAAUGCGAACGAGAGCCUCAGACCUUACGAGAGUAUCUAUGUUCGAGCCCAGCUUAGAGUUCUUAACCAACUUGCCUCUCCCCACUGGAGAACCAUCGACAGGCCAAUCAAUCAUUGGAUCAAUCGUCCGGGACCAGGAUUAGGUUGGGGUUACCCUGAGUUUAUCUCUCUAGCUGAUCUCAGGGAUUCACGGAGAGGAUAUGUCGUGAAUGACACGUUGAGGGUUCAAGUAGAAAUAUUAGCAGUUUCUUCAACCAGGUACUUGCCUCGUUAGAUUUCUCUAACCAGGGAAGUCGUAGCUUUAUGUUUACUUUAUUAUUAACCACUUAGCAAUGAAAAAAAGCUACUGAGCAAUAAGAAAUGUAUGUGUUUGUCUUUACCAAAAAAAUGUAUGUGUUUGCAUUUCAAACAAAUGAAUUCUGUAUUAUACUA